CACGAGCAGAGCAGCAGUCUCGACUCGCUCCAACACAGUCAGAGGCCUGCCGCUGCUUUAGCUGCUGCAGUGGAACCGCUGCUGCGAGACCAAAAAGUUCCCCUCCUCCGCGUGUAUACCGUGCUGUGCGCAACGAGUUGCAGCAGUCGCGUAUAAUAAUUGCCGUCUGUCACACCAGCCGCGGGCGUGCGAAUAACAACGACAACAACCCGAGGAGAGAUAUCAACAAGUCGACGAUAACGAUAGCAAGGACGACAACGAUGGCACCGAAUCUGAGCAAGCUCGUGACGAGGAAGAGCGUCGCCUCGGCCGCCGCGGUAGCCGCGCUGCUCUACAUUCUCAAACGUCGCCGCGGCAAGCGACACAAUUAUUACAACGUCAAGCCCAAGAGCCAGUGGCCACCCAACAACGAUGUCCAGUACGUCAUCAAGGAGGAAAAACCAAAACAACCUAAGGCUCAUGUCAACAAGGAGUUUUUCAGGCAGCUUCGACAAUUGUUGGCGAUUGGUAUACCCGGUGUUUUUACGGUUGAAGCUGGAUAUGCCUUGCUUAUUGCAUUGUCACUGGUUGGCAGAUCGCUCUGCGAUCUUUACCUUAUUCAUACAAGCACACUUAUUGAAACCUCCAUAGUCAACAUGGAUUCUGCUUUAUUCAAAAAACGACUUUUGAGAUUUGUAGCAACAUUGCCUGUGAUAUCUGUUGUAAAUAAUAUUUUAAAGUAUGGAAUUGGUGAAAUGAAACUAAGGCUUAGAACUAACAUUAGCCGUCAUCUUAUAGAUCAAUACUUGAAGGGCUUUACCUAUUACAAAAUGAGUAAUUUGGACUCAAGAAUUGCUAAUCCUGAUCAAUUAUUGGUUACUGAUGUGGAUAAGUUCUGUGAAAGUUGCACAGAUUUGUACAGCAACAUUGCAAAGCCUAUGCUAGAUAUGAUGAUUUAUAUUUAUAGACUAACAUCUGCAAUUGGUGGCACAACUCCAGUGAUAAUGUUAUCAUACUUGGUGGUUGCUGGUGGUUUUUUGACUCAUUUGAGAAAACCUAUUGGAAAUUUGACUGUCAAAGAGCAAAGAUUAGAAGGAGAAUAUAGACAUAUUCAAUCUCGAUUGAUUACCAAUUCUGAAGAAAUUGCUUUCUAUCAAGGAAAUACACGAGAAAAAUUGACAAUGUUAGCUAGUUUCCAUAAACUUGUAACACAUCUUAGAAAAUUCUUGGAAUUCAAGGUGGCUAUUGGAGUUGUAGAUAAUUUUAUAGGAAAAUACAUUGCAACUGUUGUUGGAUUUUAUGCUGUUAGUAUUCCAUUUUUCAAGAAAAAUCAUCCAAUUUUAUCUGGAAGCCCUGAUCACAGAUUCAAAUGUUACUAUACGUACGGUAGAAUGUUAUUAAAAUUAGCAGAAGCUAUUGGUAGAUUAGUUCUUGCUGGAAGAGAAAUGACAAGAUUAGCAGGUUUUACAGCAAGAGUCACGGAAAUCAGAAAAGUUUUGGCCGAAUUAAACGAAAACAAAUAUGAACGAACGAUGAUCAUUGAUCCAAAAAAUAAUCCUAUUGGAUCACCUGGAGCUGGAAAAAUUCUAGCUAAAGACAAUAUCAUUCGUUUCGAUCGCGUUCCAUUAAUUACGCCAAAUGGAGAUGUUCUGAUCAAAGAGCUCACAUUUGAAGUAAAAUCGGGUAUCAAUGUUUUAGUAUGUGGACCUAAUGGAUGCGGCAAGAGUUCUCUUUUCCGAGUUUUGGGCGAGCUGUGGCCACUUUGGGGCGGAGUAAUGACCAAGCCACCAAAAGGAAAGCUCUUCUAUAUUCCUCAAAGGCCUUACAUGACUCUGGGUACACUGAGGGAUCAAGUUAUUUAUCCUCACACUCGAGCCGAGAUGUUAAGACGCGGAAACGCCAAAGAUGAAGAUUUACAAAAAUACUUGGAUUUGGUGCAAUUGGGACAUUUACUGGAGAGAGAAUCUCAGCCAGGAAGUGAAGGUCAAGGAUGGGAUACAGUAGCCGAUUGGAUGGAUGUUUUGUCUGGAGGAGAAAAACAACGUAUCGCGAUGGCUCGAUUAUUUUAUCAUAAGCCACAAUUCGCUAUACUUGACGAAUGCACAAGUGCUGUUAGUGUAGAUGUUGAAGACUCCAUGUAUUCUUAUUGCAAAAAAGCAAACAUAACUUUAUUUACAGUAUCUCACAGAAGAUCAUUGUGGAAACAUCACGAGUACUAUUUACUGAUGGAUGGAAGAGGAUCUUAUGAAUUCAAGCCAAUCGAGCCGGAUACGGAAGAAUUUGGAUCAUGAAUGUUCAACUGCUUGUCACAAGCACCAACAAAAUGUGUUUCAAGUCAAUGAUAUGGCUCUGAAACGUAAUGAUGCCCAAUAUGCUAAUUUGUAAUUAUAAGUAUUGAAAUCUUUUACACCUGGUUGUGGAACUUUUGAAUGAUCUAUAGGUAAAGGAGAUUUUAAUAUUAAUGCUAUUAAUUUUUUUUUUAAAAAGUCCAGGAGA